UGCUCUUAGAAGAUGGCAAUUUCUUUAGACGCGGUGCAUGUUCUUGUUUGCAGGUGAAAUUUUCGUCUGGUAUCAAAUUAACAAUAAACAAACAUAUUACUGCUUAUCUCGUAUUAUUUAUAUUAUCUUUUGGUUAUCAGUAUGCCUCGAAUUGAAAAUGAUAUUAAGUUAGAUUUUAAAGAUGUGCUUUUGAGACCAAAAAGAAGUACUUUAAAAAGUCGAAAUGAUGUUGACCUGUGCAGAUCUUUUACUUUUCGAAAUUCGGGAAAGCUAUAUGAUGGGAUACCUAUUAUUUCAUCAAACAUGGAUACCACUGGUACUUUUGAAAUUGCUAAAGUUUUGGCAAAGCAUGGGUUAUUUACUUGUAUUCACAAGCAUUAUUCAUUGGAUCAAUGGAAAGAAUUUGCAUCAGAGAAUCCUAGUGCUUUAAAAAAUGUUGCUGUUAGUAUAGGAACAGCUGCAGGUGAUUUCGAGCAAUUGUGCUCCAUUAUAAAAGAAGUUCCAGAAAUUGAGUGCAUAUGUCUUGAUGUUGCCAAUGGAUAUUCAGAACAUUUUGUUUCACUUGUUAAGCAAGUGAGAGCAACAUAUCCCUCUCAUACAAUUAUGGCUGGUAAUGUUGUGACUGGAGAAAUGGUUGAAGAAUUGAUUCUGUCAGGUGCUGAUGUUAUAAAAGUAGGCAUUGGUCCAGGCUCUGUAUGUACUACUAGAAAAAAAGCUGGUGUGGGAUAUCCCCAAUUAAGUGCUGUCCUUGAAUGUGCUGAUGCUGCUCAUGGUCUUGGAGGUCACAUCAUUUCAGAUGGUGGGUGUACUAAUCCUGGUGAUGUGGCAAAAGCUUUUGGUGCUGGUGCUGAUUUUGUAAUGAUUGGUGGAAUGUUUGCUGGACAUGAUCAAUCUGGUGGAGAUGUAAUAGAGAAGAAUGGUAAAAAAGUGAAACUUUUUUAUGGCAUGAGUUCUGCUACUGCUAUGGAGAGAUAUCACGGUGGAGUAGCAGAAUAUAGGGCAUCUGAAGGAAAAACUGUGGAAGUACCAUACAGAGGAGAUAUAGAAAAAACUGUUUUAGAUGUGUUGGGAGGUCUUAGAUCGGCAUGUACUUAUGUUGGUGCUGCAAAGUUAAAGGAACUUCCUAGGCGUACUACAUUCAUUCGAGUCACUCAGCAAACAAAUGAAAUAUUCCAAGCCAAUGAAAAAACAUCUGGUUGACUUCCUGGUUUGCAUGUUUCAGAUGACUACGCUUAGUGCAUGCACAAACUGCAUUUAUUGUUUCAAGCUGUUGUUUCAUAGAUUUAUUUUCUGAACAAUAAGUGCAUGUAGCCUUUAAAGAAAUUUACAAGUAUGUGUGAAUCUCAUUUAUCCCUUAUAUAUCAAUAUACAUAAAAUAUUAUACUUAUUUGAAUGAGAAAUAUUCAUGUUUUUGAAUAUUCAAUGUGUUAUUUUUUUUACGUUAAAAAAUUGUUAUUUCAUUUUUUGACCAAAGAUUAAUGCAAAAGCUUAAAAUGAAAUUUACUUAGAGUAAGAGAAAGGGGGCUAGUGUGAACGUUAUUAUCAAUAUAGGUGAAAAUUUUAUAUCUGUGAUUUUGAAACUGCACUCUGAAAUAUUGCUAAUGAAAUAUUGCUGCAGUGUUGCUAAUCUACCAUAACUCAGAAAGGAAAUUUGACCUGUAAAUAAAUUAAUUUCAUUGAGGUGUCUGAUCUAGCUCCGUGUCCACACUAGCUCCCUCUUUCCUAUUUAAUAAUGACUGCUCUUAAUAUAAUUAAAAUUUCAAUCAAAAAGGAACAAACACUGAGGAUUGCAAUUUAAUAUAUCUUAGCAAAAAACCCGGUCUAAAGAUAGAAAAUCGUAAUUGUAGAAAAUGGGUAUUAAAAUAUCAAAUCCUGCUAACUGAAAAAAAAGGGAAUAAAAUAGAAAAAGGAUUAAUAGAAUUACCAUCAAGUUUCAUCAGGUUUUGAUUCUUUUCAGUCAGUUUAUCUUCACCUACGAUUCAACGCAUUUUAAAGAUGUUUUUGUUUUUUGAUCACUUAAAUAUUAAUUUGUGAUAAUUUUUGGACUUAAUUUUAGACUAGAAUUUUAUGGAUAUAUAUUAAGGACAGUCUUAACGAAACACCAUAUGUGUAUCAGUUUUGCUUGAUUGUACGUAUAAAUUUUUUUCCGGUGAUUCAAUUUGCUAGUCUUUCCCAAAUGAUGCGAGUCAUAUGUUGUUGCGAGCUUGAAUAUUUUUAAUUAUAAAAAAGAUCUGAUUUAUUUUUAUAUAUCUUCUGAUUCUUUGCUAAAGAUAAGUAUGUAUUGUGUAAUAUGCUUUUGUAAAUGUGUUCAGCAUUUAGAUUUAUUUUUGCUUUUUCAAUUUCAAAAUUUAAAUUUCAUUGUUUGUUAUAAAUGGACAGUUUGAAAGUCAAUGAUUAAUGUAAAAAACAAUGUGAUUGCAGCAAGAAUAAAGUUGUUAUUUUAUUGA